UUUUUUUUCUUUUUUGAAAAAGAGCAAUAUGAACCUUAGUUUUUCCACGCGCGAGCCAUUUCUCCUGCUCAUCUUCUCCUUCGAUCUUCUUCUUUAUUCUUCGCCACUUCGCCGCCCUCCUCUCCCUUUCCUUCACCUUCACUCUUCUUCUCUCCCGCCGCCUCACUCCAAGGACAUUGCCCAGGAUCUACUUCCACUUACAACAUGAGCCGACCGAUGGAGGAAGAUACUAGCAAGAAUGAGGAAGAGGAGUUCAAUACUGGUCCACUUUCCGUGCUCAUGAUGAGUGUUAAAAAUAACACUCAGGUUCUCAUAAAUUGCCGCAAUAAUAAGAAGCUUUUGGGACGUGUAAGGGCCUUUGACCGGCAUUGUAAUAUGGUUCUGGAAAACGUUAGAGAGAUGUGGACUGAGGUACCUAAAACUGGGAAGGGCAAGAAAAAGGCUCAGCCUGUUAACAAGGACAGAUUUAUCAGCAAGAUGUUCCUGAGAGGAGACUCGGUCAUUAUUGUUCUUAGGAAUCCCAAGUAAGAAGAGUUGAUCAUCUCAUCAUAUGUUCGGUUUGGAUUCUCAAGUCAACUCCAUUUGUCUACCAAUCUUUUUUGCUUGUCAUCAAACUUUCAUUUGAUAGCCUGACGGUCUGCUAAGCUUGGGGCUAUCUAUAUCAGUUUGUAGUUCGUUUUGAUUUUUCAUUCCCGCAAACCAUUUACCAAAUAUUGUAACUCUAGAAAGUGUAUUUGUUUAGGUAUGGGAGAUUAUUAGUAGAAAUGCCAUAUGUUUUUAACGUGUGUAUUGAAUAGAGUUUAUCUUUGCAACUGUUGAGACGUUAUCUGUUUUGAUCACAAGUGGAUAUUAUCAUUCGUAAUUACGAGGAUCUUUUGGGCAUGGUA